AUGGGGGAGCGCCGUUUUGUCGUGUCCUCCAUGUGGUGGUUGAGUACAAGUUUGGACGUCUUCUUCUGCAGCGCCCUGGUGACCUGCUGCGCCAGGGCCGCUGCUUGGCCCGGCAGUCUGCAGCUGCUGGCGGACACGCGACAUCACCGCGUGGAGCCCAAUGCUGCGACCUUCAGCAGCGCAGUAAACGCUUGCGGCGGCCGCUGGGAGCAGGGCCUAGGCGCCUUGCGGCAUGCAUCUCUGCUGCAGCUGCAGCUGAAUACGAUCUGCCUGGGCGCAGCGUGCGCGCUCGACCUGGGCUGGCCCAAAGCGGCCACGCUGCUGGCCGAGCUCUGCGAAGGCGCUUUGGAAGUCUCGGCGACCGCCUGCAACUCCGCGGUCAGCUCUUGCACAAGAGGUACUUCUUGGUGGCAGGGGCUGCAGGUGGCCUUUGGUAUGUUGGAGAGGCAUCUGCGGCCCAGCCGGGUGACCUUCAAUGCGGGCAUCAGCGCCUGCGACGCAGGCCAUGAUGGACUCAUGGGCCUCAAACUGCUGAGAGCCAUGGAUGGCUCGCACUUGCAGCCGGACAUCGUGAGCUACAACGCUGCCGUGUCAGCCUGCGGUAAGAGCAGCUUGUGGGGCUCGGCGCUUGAAUUGCUUCAGGAGGCUCCUCGAGGCGCCCUUCGCUUGGAUUUAGUGUCCAUGGGCGCAGCAGUGGAUGCGGCAGCAGAGCGGUGGGCCAUGGCAGAGGUCCUGCUGGGGCAGCUCCGUCGGGACCUCCAGCCGAACGAGGUGCUGCAGACAUCACUACUGAAGGGCCACGCACGGGGGGGCGAGUGGGCCCGCGCGCUGGGGGCGCUGUCCAUGCCCAACGAGAAGAGCUUCGGGGCAGCAGCUGAUGCUUGUGCCAGCUGCGGCCAGUGGGCGGAUGCAGAGGAGCUGAUGCGGGCCAUGGCGCUGCAGCACGUGCGCCUGGGCACUGCCGCCUUCAACGCCGCCACGGAGGCGCUGCAAGGCGCAGAACUCUGGCGCCGCGCCCUUACAUCCCUGGAGCUGCUGAGGAGCACUGGGCUUCAGCUGCAGGCCAGCUCCCACAGUACUGCCGCGUCAGUCUGCGAGCGCAGCAGCAACUGGGAGGCUGCCCUGGAGCUCUUCGUCCUGGGCACGGCCAGGCGGGUGGUGGAUUUGGUGGCCUGCAAUGGUGCCAUCAGCGCCUGUGCUACUGGGCAAGCGGCAGAGCAAGCGCUGGCCAUGAUGAGGACUCUCGGAGCAACCCAGCUGCAGACAGACCUCUUCAGCUUCAACGCGGUCAUCGCGGCUUUCGCAGCAUGCAGUUGGCGCCGUGGCCUCGACCAGCUGCAACUCCUCGGCAGCCGGGGGCUUGCGGCAGAUGCUGUGGGCCUGCGGGCGCUCCUGAGUGCAGGUGCUGCACUGCCGUGGCAGCUCUCUGGUCAGCUGCUAGCACAGCUGUCCACCCCGUCAGUGCCUGCUCUGGCAGACGCCUGUGCUGCAUGUGCUGCCUCUCCCAUCUUGCUGCCUUUGCUGGCGCGGGAGCCGGGGCCGAGCUCGGAGAUCGCGGGUGCGUUGCACAUCUCCCACACUUUUCGCAGAGACCUCCAGAACUGCGGCGUCUUCGCUCGAGAGUAUUCGGGCUUGCAAAGAUGCCUGUGGUGCUGCUCAGCCGCAAGCCCUCCGAGCCGAAACACCUUCCAAGCCCUGAACGAGGCCGGCAGCUGUCCUUGGGAGAUCUUUGUGAGGUGCACAAAGGUCCGGGCCUUCCAAGAGGCCUUGUGCGACAGUCCCGUGUGGGUGCCAAGUCGGGCCACGGAGCUGCGCAUGUUUUCUGAGUGCUGCUUGCAACCAGGUCUGAGCCGCUUCCGGUCGGAGAGCCCUGCUGGAAAUCAGGCGAGAGUCCUGAUGUCCGAGGACGUCGGCCCCAUCUUUGGGCUCAAGGAGUCGCCCAAGGUGGCAUGGCAGGAGCUUCUGAAGAGCCACCGCGGGCCUCGCCUGCGCCUUGCCUGCCGGGUGUCAGCGCGCCGCCUCAUUGGCGGCGCAAGGUGUUGCGCUCUGAGAAGCUGGGCGGGGCGCAGGCCUACCGCACCCGCAUGCGCGAGCUCGAAAUUGAGUGAGGCCAGGUCUGUAGCCAGCCCUUGUUUGUGGAUCGGCCCUGGAGCUUUGAACUCGGCUGUUAGCAUUGACGCUGUUCGCCAAAACGCACUGUGGCCUGCCCAGUUGGGAUAA